UUGCCUGGCGUCUCGUCUUCCGGCGCGUCCUGCACUACGUCAAGUUCCGGUGGCGGAGGCAGGCUCUGGCGACGGCGCGCGCACCGUCGAGUCGCAAGUCCUGUCCAGUCCUACAGCCUGGGCGACGCCGAUCCUAGCGGCUUUUCGGGCGUAGGCGUGGGCUCGCCAGAGAUGCAGCCGUUGGAUGGGGGGCCGACACUGCAGGGGCAGGGUUGCCUAGUGCCUGAUGUCAACUCCUCCGGCGCUUCCUGUACAACCUUCAGUUCAGGUGCCGGAGGUGUGGCGUCGGCAGGCUCCGGCGACGGGGCGCGCACCGUCGACUCGUGCAGCGCGGUUCAGUCGUACCACCCCGGUGUCCCGACUGCGACAAACACCACCAUCCACGUUGGGUGGAAACGCAGGCCAAGAGGGCCACGCGGCCCAGAUGAGAGGGCAGUAGUAGUUGAUCGUGUGCCGGCGCUUGAAGCUGCUAUCCGAGGAUUCGCUAAUAGGGGAACCAAGGUGGUUGUCAACCCAACGCUUGGUACAGUCUUUGAUUCGCUUGCAGAGGCGUACGAAUUCUUCAAUCUGUAUUCAUGGGAGGUUGGUUUCGGUAUUCGUUACGGCAAGAGCAGGCAGAAUGUCAAUGGGACCAAGUGCAUGCAGGAGAUCAUGUGUGGGUGUGCUGUAAGUUUCUGUAUUUUAUUUUCCCCCGGACUGAAUGAUGAACAGAAGCUGUAAAACGAGCUGAUCGAAACGUUCAGUCAAACUUACUGCCUGGUUAGGACAUUUGUAGAAUCGGAUGCCUGGCUUCCGGUUUGUUCCGGACACAAACCACCUCGUCCUGGUCCCUAGGCACCUUUGGCACAAGAUCAAUGGCAGCGGGGACGAGGAGCUCUGGGACAUCUCGGCACAACGGCAAUGGAUGAGUACGGCGAGGCGCUUCUGGGUAGUGUGGAAAAGAGGUUGCCAAUGAUCGGUCCGGCUGCAUGCUCCUUAAAUACAGGCAUGGUGAAAAAGUGUUUACGUUA